AUGAACACCCACGGCAAUGAUCCUCGGACAGACUCGGCUGAUCGACAGCUCGGUCAUCUCUCCGUCUACCUUCCAUGGCAUUACCAAACACUUGAAAGGCUCAAGUAUUUGACACUGCCACGGACUUGUAUCUACGGCUGGUUGGUAUCUAAAUUGGUGUUUUCUCCCAUCUUAGCUAGUUAA